AUGGCAACGGAACCUGUACCUACUGCCCCAGACCGCACAAUUGAGGCCGACCCGGACCUGUUCGACGGCUCUGACUCCAGCCUUGGAGAUGACGCUGCGAGUUCGAGAUACACACAGUCUCUGACGAGUAGCAUCGAGAGGUAUCCAAUUGAGAAUGGGCGACAAUAUCACGCGUACAAGGACGGCAGCUAUGUCAUGCCCAAUGACGAGUCCGAGCUCGACCGCCUCGAUCUUACACAUAACAUGUUGAAAAUCUCCAUGGGAAUGCAACUCUUCAACGCCCCCAUCGUUGAUACCCCGAAGAGGAUACUUGAUCUUGGGACCGGUACCGGUAUUUGGGCCAUCGAGAUGGCUGAUGACUACCCUGAUGCUGAGAUCAUUGGGACUGACCUCAGCGCUACCCAACCAACAUGGGUGCCUGCUAACGUAAAAUUCGAAAUUGACGAUAUGGAGGAAACAUGGACGUUCCGUGAGAAGUUUGAUUUCAUUCACUUGAGGUAUUUGGCAGCUGCGAUAAAAGAUUGGCCAGCUCUCGCAAAGAAGGCCUUUGAGAACACAAAGCCAGGUGGCUUUGUUGAGUUUCAGGAUUUCGAUUUGCAGUACUACUCUGAAGACGGCUCACUCAAAGAAGACUACAAGAUUUAUGAGUGGAUUGUAACGCUCCUGGAAGCUAGCCGAAAUUUUCAGCGAGAACCUUCGCCUGGACCAAAUCUGGAGAAGCUCCUCAAGGACGCAGGAUUUCAGAAUGUGACGUCCCAGAAAUAUAGACUACCUAUCGGCCCAUGGCCAAAGGAUAAGCAUUUGGUGCAAAACCGUCGGGUAAGUCCAAAAUAUAUUCGUCGCUACUCAGCUGAAAGGGUCACCAGUUCAUGGAAUCUCGUCCAAAUUGAGGAUGGUCUUGAAGGCUUCACACUGAGAUUGUACACUCAAACACUGGGCUGGAAAGCAGAAGAAGUGCAGAUCUUACUCGCCAAUGUGCGUAAAGAUCUCCGAAAUCCCAAAAUCCACGCCCAAUUCGAUUUCUAUGCUGUAUAUGGCCAGAAGCCCACAGACGCGGUACAAGACUAUCUCGAAGAAAGCAACGUCCAGCUUGGUGCCUCCUACAACGUCGCCAAACAAUCGACCACGAUUUAUAACGAGGGUUCAGCUGCUGCAGCGUCCUACAUUAACGCAAGUCCUGACGAAAUCGCAGUACUUGGCCCGUCGACAACGCAACUCUUCUCCAACCUCGCCCAAAUCUUACAGUUUCCCGCAGGAAGUGAACUGGUGAUCUCCCAGAUUGAUCACGAAGCAAAUAUCAGCUCCUGGGUGCGUCUCGCACGUUUGCAGAAUUUCACCAUCAAAUGGUGGCGCCCUGAAAAUGAUAGUCAGAACUUGCUUCUCACUCCCGAGAAUUUGCAACCUCUGCUCUCGGACAAGACGCGGAUGGUGACGCUGUGCCAUGCCAGUAAUGUUCUGGGUGGGAUCCAUGAUAUCAAGGCGAUCUCGGACUUAGUGCACAAGACCGUAUCGGGUGCCAUCGUCUGCGUAGAUGGAGUGGCACUGGCACCUCACAGGAGCGUGAAUGUAAAGGCUUUAGGGGUGGACUUCUAUGCGUUCAGUUGGUACAAGGUUUAUGGACCACAUAUCGCCCUACUGUACGCUAGCUCGGAGGCAAAGGCUCGGUUGAGCACCUUAGGGCAUUAUUUCCAUGAGGGCGAUGAUUUGAGCACGAAGUUGGGCUUAGCAAGCGCGAGUUAUGAACUUGUUUCUGCUCUGCCAAAAGUGCUUGCUUAUCUCGGUGAAAGUCAAGAGGCGAGACAGAGAAAGUGGGAAGGUAUCGCGGAGCAUGAAGAGCAGAUGCAAAGGAUAUUGCUGGAUGAUUUGAAUCAGAGGUCCAAUGUGACGGUUUAUGGUCAUGGUGUGGCAGACAAAGAGAAGCGGGUUCCUGUGAUCAGUUUUAGUGUCGAAGGGUGGAACUCGAAAGAUUUGGUGGAGAAGAUGGAGGGAAGAAGCAGGGUGGGCUUUAGGUGGGGCCACUUCUAUAGUAAAAGGCUGGUGGAGGAAGUUCUUGGGUUGGAGAAGAUUGGCGGGGUUUUGAGGGUGAGUCUGGUGCAUUAUAAUACCGAGGAGGAAGUGAAAGAGUUCUUGAGAGAUUUGACUGCAAUUUUGGGAGACACAACAAAAGGGUAG